AUGAGGCGCCUAAACAUCGGCUCUGAGAGGAAGCUUCGCACGGCGCACACGGUGCUAAGAAGAUUUGCUGCAGAGAUGAUCGAGGAGAGGAGUAAGAUAACUCUCAAUGGGAGAAGAUGUGCAUUGAGUAAUGAUGAUGAAAACGAGGAUAUUCUAUCUUCCUACAUAAAUGACCCAGACUACACAGACAAUGACUUGCUCCAUGCGGUGCUCCUCAGCUUCAUGCUUGCUGGGCGGGACACGAUUGGUACCACUCUACCCUGGGUCUUCUACAACCUCGCCCAGAACCCUGGCAUUGUAUCAAUUAUCUGCAGUCAACUCUCACCCAUUGCAUCGCACAAAGUACCCGCGAGUACGGGUGCCAUGAUGAUCUUUGAACCAGAGGAUACAAAACCUCUGGUCUAUCUCAGAGCUGCAUUGUACGAGACUCUUAGGUUGUACCCAUCGGCACCUAUUGAGCGCAAGACAGUGGCUGCUGCUGAUAUCAUGCCGAGUGGCCAUGAGGUGAAGGCCGGGGACACCAUCCUUAUUUCUCUCCACUCCAUGGGGAGAUUGGAAGACCUAUGGGGUAAAGACUGCCUUGACUAUAACCCAAAUAGGUGGUUGUCAAAGGAUGGCAACACCCAGAGGUACGUACCAUCUCACAAGUUCUUGGCCUUCAACUCAGGCUCGAGGAUCUGA